AUGAAAAAUAAUAAUUAUAUAGUUAAAGACAUCUAUUAAGAGAAAAAUAAAGGGCGCAUCUAUGAUAUGCAUAAGAAGAAAUUAGAAGAAAUUAACUAAUAAGUAAUUGUUUUAAAAUUAUAAUAGUAUCCAAAAUUAGAAGAUCAGAAAAUAAUGAAGAAACUUAAGGAGAAGCAUAAUAUGAUAAAAACAGUUUCAAAAUUUUAUAAUCAAGAAGCUUUUCUUGAAUAAUCAAGAGUGAAUCAACAUUUAAUUUUGAAAAUAAUGCAACCUCAAACAAGUAAGACUCGAUCUUAACAUAAUCAAUCAAGAAAAGAGUAUGCUAAAAUAAAUUUUGAUACUAAGCGUAUAAGUGAAGAAAAUCGUAGUUUAGCUAAUAGAAUUACUAAUUUACCUCCUGUAAUUGAUGCUAAAAAGCAUGAUAAGGAGUAUCGUAAACAUUAGAGUGAUGUUGUAUUAAUGCAGAAAUAUCAUGCUACAAAACUUAUAGAGUAAUAUGAUCAAAAAACCUUUAAUACACUAAAUAAAUUGACUAAUAAUAAGUUUAACAAGAGUAAGUUUGGAAAUUUUAAAUUCUUAUCAUCUAUAAAUAAGCAAACAAAGUUUAUGAUGUUAAUUAUAUAAGAAAUGGAGCUAUUUGGAGUAAAGCAUUCCUCAUUUAUGAGUAAGAAUACUCCUACAUAUUAAUGCUCUAUAUUUUCAGAUUAAAAGUUAUUAUGUAAAAGUAAACCUUUAGAGUAUAAUGAAUUUCUGGAAAACAUUAUUGGAUUCAACUGUUAGGAUUUUACAUCCAUUUAAUUUGUAAUAGAAAAGAUUAAGUAAAAUGAAGAAGUAAUUAUGAGAUAUUAUUUUAUAGUUUUAAGUUGGAGAAGUAAUAUAUUGUGAGAGUUAUUCUCAUAUAAAUACACAUCCUUUGAAAGAUAAUCUUAUUGUGAGGAUUUCAGAUGAAAUAGAAGGAGAAAUAAGAAAGAAUAUUUCAGAAGAAUAAGUUGUCAUUGGAAAAUUGAAUUACAAAAUCCUAUAAUUAUGUCGAUAAAGUAUUGAGAAUAAGUUACCAGUACCUCCUUCAUUUUAUGCAAUCCAAAUUAAACAUUCAACUCCAUAACACUCUGUAAAAGGACAUGAAGAUAUUCCAUCUUAAUAAUUAAUAUGA